AUGGGACAUAAAACAUCGAAAGGUGAAAAACCCGAGAAUUAUGUUGCUUUUCCGACUGCAGAACAACUUGCAAAUCUUCCGAAUAUAACACUAACCGCACCAACGCCAAUUUACCAACCGGAUUGUCCGAGUCCAUUUGCUCCUCCACCAACCCCACGAGAUUCACACAGGUUUUUAUUUAUAAACAUACAUUCAUAGUUAUAUAUUUAGGGUGAAAGGGAUUAGUUUGGGGAUUACCCGUCUGAACGCAUUCCAAAACAACCAUAGUUUAUGUUGAAUAUUCAUUUUAUUUGUAUAAAAAUAAAUGGAAAGCCUUUUUGAAUUAAGCGUCAAGUCAUGGAUUGAAGAAACGCCGAUUUUGAUUCAAACAACUCCACCAAAAUCUCCACCUCCUCCUCCGCCAUCAUUUCCACCGCCACAACCUGUUAUCCCAGGAAUUUAUCACGAUGAAGUUACUAGGGUGGGUGAAAAUGAAAAAUUGUAUUUGAAAUAGAUUUUUUGAGUUUGUAGAUUUCGUUUUCAAAUCUAGAUAUCUUAUAAUUUCAAAUUUUUCUUCUUCAAACUUUCAGAACACGUUUACAAAAAAAUUCAAUACAGAAAAAUUUUUUAAAAGUAGACCAAAAAAUUAAACGGGUCAAAAAAUCUGAAGCACAAUUCAUGUUUGAACCUAACAGAUUCAAUCAAUUAUCCAUUUCGAAAUUUUCCAGAAACGAUUUGGCGAAACUGUUCUCGAAAGAAAUUCAAGUCCAUUACCGCCACCACCCAGAAAUGCCGACGCUCCAAUUAUAAAACGACCAAUAUAUUAUGCAAAAGAUAAAAUAGCCAUGUUCGAAGCUAUCAAUACAAUUGAUAGACCAAAAACAAAUACUAAAAAACGAGAAGAAUAUUCAUCACCGACUACUGUGCCAAGAGUUAAUGUCAAAUCUAAUCAGAGUACUGUGGAUUCAACAUCUACUAGAAAUAUGAGCCAGGUGCUUAUUAUCUGACUUCUGCGUUUUUUUUUCGAAAAAAUGAAUAAAACGAUACAUUUUUAGGCUGGCGCUGAUGAUUAUCCAAUUUAUAAUGUGAUCUCUGAUUUUUCUUUCAAAUCUGGUAUGACAUUUCAUACUGGCGCUUUUCCAAUUGAUGUCGUAAGUUUUUUUCGUUUGAAAAUCACAAAAAAGAAUAGUUAAAAAAUAAUUCAAUUAGAACCGUCAAAAUUUCGGGUUCUGUGGUAGAAGUGGUGCUGGAAAAUCAUCCUUAAUCAAUGCUUUACGUGGUUUGAACAAUGGAGAUCCGCAAUCUGCUGGAAGAAAUCCUUGCGAUAGAAUGGAGCCGUUCAGAUUUAUUGAAGGCGAUUUGCAACAAUCUGUGCUUUGGGAGAUACCGUAUCCAAGAUCAUUUUCAUCUAUCAAUGAUGUUUUUGAUGCUAAUAUGGGAUUCGACAAAUUCUAUGAGUUCGUUUCCUCACAUUCAGGAAUUAAAUUCAAAGUUAUUGUGUUCUUACAGAGCCCACAAGCUGAAAUUGUUCAAACGAUUAUUUAUUCUAAUUCCUGAUGGCGCUCCAACUGAUGAAGAUAUAACAUUCGCAAGAGUUGCACAUUCUCGACGAACACCUAUUACAUUUCUAUCAACUAAAAGUGAUGACGAUUUAGAUGCUGAAAAUCGAGAGACUGGUCAAAGGCUAGAUCAAACUUUGAAAAGAAAUUAUGAGUUGACAGGUAACAAAACUUUUAUUCAAAUUUUUAGAUCUUUUUGUUAUAGCCAGAAAUGUGUUUUCACGAUAUCUCCAAACAAAAGCACAAAUUUUACAAUCUGUCGAACUAUUAUUUGUAAGUGCUCCAUGUGCUCGGAAUCUGGUUAGCGGAACUGUUGGGUAUGUUUUCCACAAUAUUGUUAUUUCAAAAAAAUUGAAUCUCUAGAUACCUACACUAUCUUCUCAACGAAGAAAGAUUAUUAGAUUUGGUUGAAUUGAAAACUGGAUGUCAUUAUCAAUUGGAAUCAAAGUUGAGAAAAGAACGUGAUCAGCAAGUUGAAGUGGCCAGGCCAGCCAAAAUGGAUAUGACAAAUUUCACAAUUGUAUGUAAUCAAAAAAUCUUUUGUUAAUAAUUUUGAGCUUUAGGAUGAUAAACCACUACCAAAUCCAUAUCAGAAUUCGACAGUUCUAGCAGAUGCAGGAUUCGAAAUCAUGUAUGGAACCGAUGAUCGAGUUUAUCAGUCUUUAGAGCCAAAGACAAUGAUAAGACGUGCAGGAAAAGUGAUUUUGAAAAUUAAUUAGAAGAAGUUUCUUGAUUUUUUUCAGACAUGCUUCAAUUAUGGUUUUAUUGGUGGACACGGUGUUGGAAAAUCAUCACUAAUUGACGCGAUGCGAGGAAUGUCUUCGAAACAUCCUCAAUCAGCAACUAAAGUUAGUUUUUCCCCUGGUAUCAUCCUUGUAAUUAUGUAACUAGGCGAUCUUUGUAAUCUGAAGAUAUAUUUAAAAAAAAUAAUAUCCACCUACAUAAUGACUAUUUUUGUAAUAUGUAAUUAAAAUACAUUUUUUUGCAGAGUAAAUCCAAAUCCGGAAGUUGUGAGAAAUUCGAUUUCGACGACAAUGUUUUGCGAUAUAAUGUGACCUUGUUUGAACUUCAUUACCCCAAGAAAAUAAAUUCAUAUUUUGAAUUUAUCGAGUUUGUUUUGUUUUUUUUUUUGUAUUUUUCAAGAACUAAUUAUUUACAUUUCAGUAAAUACAAUAUCUCAUCAUUCACUGCCUUAUUCAUUCUUGUUGAUCAAACACCAACCGACCAAGAUCUUUCAUUUGCUAAAAUUGCAUAUCGAAGAAACACAACGGUAUAAAAUUGGUCUGACAUUUUGGAACUGUUUUUUUUUCAGAUUAUUUUCCUCAUUUCAAAAUGCGACAAAAAACUGUCGGCCCGAAGUCGUAGUGAUGAAAUUCCAGUUUGCGAUUUAUUAAAACAACGAUACAUUGAUAAAGCUCUUGCAAAAUUCGAUAAAAUAAUUUCUGAUUCUGCUGCGGAGCUUCGUGGAAGAAUCAAUGUAUUUUUCGUAUCCGCCCCCGUUUUCAAAGCACUUCGAAAUGGUGAGUCGUCUAAUUAAAACUUAUAAUAAAUCAUGUUACCAGGGGAGCCACGUGAAAGUCAAUUUGUUUUGCAUGAACGAGCAGUUUUCGACUUUUUGAAAUCAAGAAGGUUUGGUUUUUGAUUUAUUAUACAAGUGAAUCUGCUUGAUUUAUGAAUUAUACUUUUUUUUGCAGAAUGAUUGCUGAUAUGUUGGAUGAUCCACCAGAAGUUGCAGAAUAUUCAAAUCUUGAUACUGCUGGAACAUUAUAA